UUUGGUUAGAAUAAUGCUCAUUUUUGCUUGGUUAUUUUCCAUUUUAUUUAGCCUUCCACAGCUUUUUGUUUGGACAACCUACAAUCCUUUUAGAAAUUCACAAUCACAGGGAUGGGUGCAAUGCACAGAUAUUUGGAGUAUUGACCGCUAUGAGCGUUAUCUACUAGAACAACAUCAACCCAAUACAAAUAUUUUACAAAAAAAUCAUUCAAAUUGGAAAGAAUUUGUGCUUAGUCCUUUAAUUCAAAAUGGCUAUGAAUUAACACAUUUAUUUUUGGUUUUUUAUGGCCCCUUAAUUGUUUUAAUUAUUUGUUAUGCUUUAAUAUCAACAAGACUUAUUCGCUUUGCAGCCAACAAUCCGAGAAAUAUUGCUAAGACCCCACAAUCAACAGCUCAACAAAAUUGUUCCGUCACCAACAACGAAAUAAACAAUCGAAAGAAUGGUUGGAAGCGUCGUUGUAGUAAACGUGCUUCUGUUAAAAGUUUCCCAGCUGUUAGAUUAUAUUGUCAAAUAAAUGAUAGUAGAGAUUGUAUUCACCAACCAGUAUUAUCCCCUACACCAGAAAAAUCAUCUUUUACAAAUGAAAAUGAUUGCGAAAUUGAUAAAAAUAAUAUGAAAAGUGGUGAAGAUUUACCACAAACUACUUCUCCAAUUCCUCCUCUCAACGGAUCAGUUUCUCCAAAUAAUAAAAAUUAUAUAAGAAGAUCUAGCCGUUUGUGUAACUGUAGAAGCUCAAUUUCCACAAAUUCUUCCUCCAAUUUUAUCCACUUAACACCUUCUAAACAACAAAAUCAAGUUGAAAUUGAUCAAGAAAAUUUUUCUUCUGCCAAAAGAAUUUUUGUUAGAUUGAGGAAUUCUUUUACUUUAAGAGUGAGUUUUUUUAAUUAA